AUACAGUUGGACGAGGCGGACGCAUCUUUACGCACCAGACCAACUACUGAGAAAAAAGCGAAAGGGAUAUAUAUACAUACACAGACGAACUGCUUGUUUGUACCACGGUGUUAAAUGGAUACCAGUUGUUUCACCGCGGCGCAGCGUAUUUCAUGCCACGCAAUGAAUGCGGAUUUAUUUAAACCUACUCCGGAGCGUGGACCCCAACAGUCCUCUGCCCCGGUGAAAACCAGCAGGAAUAAACCCGAGCAAAUCAAACCAGAGCUGGCCCAGGUGGUGACAGACUCCAAAACGGGAAGAUCAUACAGCAAAGGGAAGCUUUUGGGAAAGGGUGGCUUUGCUCGAUGCUAUGAGAUGACAGACUUAUCCAGCAACAAAAUGUACGCCGUGAAGGUGAUUCCACAGAGCAGGGUGUCCAAACCACACCAAAGGGACAAGAUCACGAAUGAGAUCGAGCUCCACAAAACCCUGUCGCACAAGCAUGUGGUGAAAUUCUCUCAUCAUUUUGAAGACCAAGAAAACAUCUACAUUUUCCUCGAGCUCUGCAGUCGGAAGUCCCUGGCACACAUUUGGAAGGCGAGACACACGCUCACAGAGCCAGAAGUGCGAUAUUACCUCAGACAGAUCAUAUCUGGCCUCAAGUACCUCCACAGCAGAGGGAUCCUGCACAGAGAUCUCAAACUAGGCAACUUCUUUGUCAAUGAGAACAUGGAGCUGCGGCUGGGAGACUUCGGCCUCGCUGCCAAGCUGGAGACAGUCGAGCAGAGGAAAAAAACAAUUUGUGGGACUCCCAACUACUUGGCCCCUGAGGUGCUCAACAGACAGGGCCACGGCACGGAAUCUGACGUUUGGUCCCUCGGAUGCGUCAUGUACACACUGAUGUGCGGAAUCCCUCCUUUUGAGACUCUUGACCUGAAGGAGACCUAUAAAUGUAUAAAGGAAGUCCGCUACAACUUGCCAUCCUCGAUUUCCCCCUCUGCACAGAAACUCAUCUCAGGCAUCCUACAGAAAAACCCCAGCGACAGGCUCACGCUGGACCAAAUCCUCAACCACGAUUUCUUCAACAAAGGUUUCACUCCUGAUAAGCUUCCCCCCAGCAGCUGCGUGAUGGUGCCAGAGCUCCACCCCCCCAGCCCUGCCAAGAAAUUCUUCACUAAAAUGGCAAAGAGCUUCUUUGGCAAGAAGAAGGCGAAAGUGGAGAAGAUUCCAUGUGAGGAAAAAGAUGACAAAGACAUUUCCAAGCUGGUGUCUGGCAUCGUUAAAUGUUCCAUCAACAGGCAGAUCAGCUACAAAACAGUGGGACCCAAUGAGGUGCCCUCUCCCAUCGGUCAGGUGGUCAGCUCCGUGCCUCUGGAGCCGACUCCUGCUGAGGAGGAGUCCAGGAAGUCAAUCUCUCGCUCCUUCAAGGGCACCACAGGCACCACGGCCAGCAGCACUGAACCAUGUGAGGAUGCCCUGACUCCUGCAGCUGUGACUGAAACUGCUGUGAAAAUUCUCAACAGCUGCCUGGCCACCAUGCCUGCAGCCACCAGAAACCCGCCCUGUUUGUCCAGGCCCCAGUCCUUCCUGUGGGUGACUAAAUGGGUCGACUACUCAAACAAAUAUGGUUUCGGCUACCAGCUCUCGAACCAAAGCAUCGGUGUGCUCUUCAAUGAGGGAACACGUCUCUGUCUUUGUGACCAACGACAGACAGUCCACUAUUGCUUACCCAACAACAAACACUUCACUUUCCCUGCAGAAUCUCUACCUGAGCAGCUUCGCAGCCAGAAACAAAUCGUAGAGCUCAUGGCCAACUACAUGGAGCAAAACCUUAUGGAGGGUGGAGAUCUGCACUGUGAGGAUCAAGUAUCAGGCUGUCCUCCUCUGCUGCUCCAGUGGGUGAAAACUGACCAUGCUCUCGUCAUGCUCUUCAAUAAUGGCACUCUACAGGUGAACUUCUACGCAGACCACACAAAGAUCAUCCUGUGCAAGUCAUCCGAUGACUCCUACCUGCUCACCUACAUCAGCCGGGAGCGCGUCUCAUACACUUACCUCCUCAGCAUGCUGAAUGAGAUGGGCUGCACUUCCGAACUGAGACACCGGCUGCGAUACGUGGUGCAGCUGCUCCAACACCAUGCUGAUGCCUGAGAUCCCGGUUCAGUGCCUCCCAGGCUGCCUGAUGCCUUGGAGGCGACCUGACUGGUUUACACCUCUUCUUAGGCAGCCUGACUGGUUGAUACAAUUUCUCAAGGCAGUGCCGGGACGAGCUGACGCCUGUUCAGUUGACUGAUGGCAAGCUGCUCAGAGGAGCUGAGCAAAUAUUCUUGUCUGUACUGGUGCUUAGGCAGCUGAUGAUCAAAUUGAUUGACCUUGAUAAACAUCAAGCAGUCAGGAGGUUGCCCAAUGCAGCAUCUGCCUCAAGGGUUUGUGCCUGUCCAGCUUUUGCCUCAAAGGUAUCCACCUGGAAGGUUUUGAUACCUGAAAAAAGAGACUCCUACCUGGCCUGAAAUGAUGGAUCCUUGACAGGCAGAAGCCUACAUGAACACCUGAUUACCUUCCCUCACUCACUCAAAGCCACUGCUUCUUGGCUGGAUCUUUCAAAGCCACCAACCUACCCUGCAGCUUUCAGCGUCCCCUGAUAGCCGAUAAUCCAGGCAUGGUUUCUCAAAGGUAUCUAAACACUAAAAUUGUCAUAUUUGCUUGCAACGGAACAGGGAAAAUCUUGCAGCUGAAAUUCUUUUUAGGCUCUCCUUAAAAGUAUUUUAGCAGCAAGGUCAUUCACGCCGUUGACAUGCACUGGAGCUGUGAUCUGUCAGCAGAGAUGCUUUGGGAAGAACUGUGGUUUGAUUGGAGAGGGAGACCCUCCUACCCUCGGAUGGUUUCUGGCCUGUUUGGACUAAGGUGCACACAUUCAUUUUUUUUUUUUCUUAUUUUAAAAAAAGAAAAUUGAGCCAACUAAAGGAUCACACUACGAUCUUGACCUCACAUGCACAAAUAACAUUCCUGGCCUUAUUUGAUGAUAAUGAUGCUAAGAUUUGGAGAAGGUUAUUGCUUCUUUUGAUCCAACAUCACUUGUCUUGUUUUAGUUGUUAAAAAUUUCACUGUGGUACACGGCAUACUAAAGGGGCUAUGGGAGCAACACGAUUUUGCACUUUUUUUUUCUUUUUGUAAAUUCAUCAGGAAAGAAACAUUUUACUACCACUGAUUUUAUUUGUUUUUAACUAGAUACCAAAAGGCAUUUUCUUUGUAUUUUUUUUUUUAAAUGAUUCAGUUUUAAAUUCACAUGCAGUAGGAGAAUGUGUGUGUGCCACACAUGUGCUGGUAAACAACUGUUGAAUGAGGGUGGGGAGGGGGGAUAAAAGUGCCUUUCUGAGGGAUGUCUGUAUAGUGCAAUAACAACCCUUUGUGAAUGUCAAGCUGGAUACAAACAAGAUUUGAGAGAUGGGUUUUACAGGUGGGAUUUACUUUUGUACUUUAAGAAAAGUUUAAAAAGUAAGUCCAAUAGCACUACAAUCUCACUACCUUGUAUAAGCUUUUAGAACAACUGGUAUCAUAAGUAUAUAUCCCAGAAAUAUCUACUAUGGAAAAAAGAAAACAUUGUACUUUGUUGUACUGUACUGUAAUCCUUAUCGGUUUACAUUGCUUUCUCGACCCAGAGUUGUAUCCUAAAAACUGUGACCUGGAAUGCAAGUAUUACGUACAUGUGUUUUCAAAAAACCCAACAUUGUGAAAGCCAUCUGCCAAUUCAGAAGAGUCUUUAUUUUUUGGCACAUAAUAUCCUGUUUAUUUAUUUUUAAUUUAUACAUGUUUUUUAUUUAUUGUUGUGUAAAUGUUACGGUCUUGACACAAAAUGUUAAUUCCAAUCACCUUUUGUAUGUAACGUAUUUGGGGGAAAAUGGGACAAAUUAAAGUUUAUUGAAAAUGAA